UAGGGUUAAUUGUGCAGAUCCGUCCGGAUUUAGGGGAUAGAUAAGGUCCGGUGAUCUUGCAGAGUGCUUAGGGAUUGAUACACUCACGUUUUGGAAGAGUUUAGCCGUCGCCGCAAGGCUCGGGCCUAAAACUCACUGAUGACAGCAGCGCAGAUCCUUCCCUGUCAACAGCCUGGAACCAAGAGAGCGAUUAAUGGCCGCCGCGCCCUUAUAUGGGCAGGGGCGGGGCCGUUUUGAUUGGUCCAAAUAUCUGUCACUCACCGUCAAAAAGGAUGAUGGAUGCAAUACGUCACAGGGACCUCCAAAGGUCCUCAAGCAAAAUACCAUAGAGUUUACCUGAUCACGUGACCCGCAGGUCCUGCUACGCUCCCUACAGACCCAAUUAACUACUAUGCUGGUUUCUGCCCUAAGAAGAUGUUCUUCUGGAGUAUCCGGAGCGAUGGUCCGGGCAGGAGGUUCCAUAACCCACAGACGGUUGGAAAGCCAAAGCUCUGCCUUCAGAAUACAUCCGAGUGUGGAAGAGGCGCUGGCGGAGGGUCAGCCGGUCGUGGCUCUGGAGAGCACAAUUAUUACCAAUGGGAUGCCCUACCCACAAAAUAUCAGCAUGGCCAAUCAAGUGGAGGAAAUAAUUCGGACCAAUGGGUCAGUACCAGCGACAGUGGGCAUCAUAAAGGGCAAAGUGCAUAUUGGCCUCUGCAAAGAAGAAAUCGAGUUCCUGGCGACCAGCAAAGACUGUGUGAAGGUGUCCAGGAGAGAUCUGCCCUAUGUGCUCAGCCAGGGCCUUUCCGGAGGCAGCACCGUAUCCGGGACAAUGGUGGCGGCACAUCAUGCUGGGAUCCCCAUCUUUGUCACUGGAGGGAUUGGUGGAGUACAUCGCGAUGGAGAGAACACUAUGGAUGUCAGUGCUGAUCUCACCGAACUUGGAAGAACACCAGUAGCUGUUAUUUCAGCUGGGGUAAAAUCCAUCCUGGACAUUGGUCGGACAUUGGAAUAUUUGGAGACCCAAGGAGUCUGUGUUUCCACAUUUGGAGAUUCCAAAGACUUCCCGGCUUUCUUCACCCCACGUAGCGGCUUCAAGGCCCCAUAUCGUGUCCGCAAUGAGGAGGAGGCUGCACAACUUAUUGCCAGUUCUUUGGAGCUCAGACUGGACAGUGGUGUCCUUAUCUCGGUUCCUAUUCCUUCUGAGUAUGCUGCAUCUGGGCAGAUGAUAGAAGAAGCCAUUCGGAAAGCACUGGAGGAGGCCAGGAUGCAAGGCAUUGUGGGAAAAGACGUGACCCCAUUCCUGUUGAGGAGAGUAAAUGAGAUGACUGAAGGGAAAUCUCUAGAUUCCAAUAUUGCCCUCAUAAAGAAUAAUGCCAAGGUUGGAAGCUGCAUAGCAGUAGCCUUGAGCAAGAUCCGAAAACCUAAAGGAGGCGGAAGAAAAGAAUUACGUCACCGUCAGAAAUCAGAGGAUAAGAUAUCUGACUCCAGGACAGUUGUAAUUGGAGGCAUCAAUGUUGACUUUGUUGCGAAAGUAGCUCAGGACAAAAUGGAGUUUGGAGGACAGACUAACCCGGGUCAAGUCAACCAGUCCUUCGGAGGUGUGGGACGGAAUCUAGCAGAUUGUAUGAGCCGCCUCGGUGUCCGACCCCUUUUCAUCUCCGCUGUAGGACAAGAUGACCUCUCUGAUUCGGUCUUUCGGUACUGCUCGCACAUGGAUAUGAGAGGGGUGGCACAUCUGAAGGGUCAGAAUACCGCCACGUACUGCGCAGUCAUCUCUGGCAGUGGAGAACUGAGCCUCGGACUGGGAGACAUGGACAUUCACCAGCAGAUAACAGAGAAACAUGUGUCUCAGUUCGCAGAUCAUCUCCGUAGGGCUCGACUACUGUGCAUAGAUGGGAAUGUCCCGGUAUCAACCAUUCAGUAUGUAUGUGAGAUCGCCCGUCAGAACGCCGUGCCAGUUUGUUACGAACCAACAGACAUAGACAAAGCAUCUAAACCCUUCACCUCAAACAGCUGGACGUCUCUGACCUACAUCUCUCCGAACCUAAAGGAGCUCCUAUCUAUCAACAGGACCUUAGGAUACGUAGAUGACAUUGAUAUUCCAUGUAAAUUAGAAGACAUGGUAGAUACAGCCAUCAGCCUCUCACUGCCACUCCUGGAGAACAUACACUGCGUCAUAGUCACUCUCGGGGCCCGCGGUGUCCUCUUGUGUGGUCAUGGGCAUGAUGGAACAGUAUCUCUUCGUGCAAAAGACAAGGUAUCCAGGGAUGAUCUGUGCGCUGUACAUUAUCCAGCCGCCACCAUUUCACCAGAAGAAAUCAUCAACGUAUCAGGCGCAGGCGAUAGCUUCAUGGCUGGUCUCCUUACAGGAGUACAAGCCAAAUAUGACACAGACACUUGUGUUAGGAUGGGUCUCCUGGCCGCCCGUCUCUCCCUCCGUUCCCGCGGACCCAUCUCUCAGCUCAUCUCGCCCGUCAGCGUCAGCUUGCAGCAAGUGGUAGGAGAAGACUGGCCGUCUCCCCGGGUGUGGAGCGUCUCACCAUCUAAUGGGAAGACUUUCCUCAGGACCGGACACUAAUGGAGAGAAGACCGUGUUCUCGAACAACAAAGAAUAACACAUGAAUUAGAAGGAAAAGUGAAGAGAAAUUGCUGAAAAAUGAAAAAACUUUAACUUUUUCAGCACACUUUUGUAUAUUGAUUUUUCACCAAUUUUAAAGCGCACCGUAAAUUUUAAAUUUGGCCCCAAAAAAAUAACACAAGAAUGUCAGAGCUCCGCUUUCCAGUUCUUGUUCCGGACGAUGUGUGUGCGGGCUUCCGUGUUCAGGGCCGCCCCUCGUGACGUCCGUCCCGCCCCCUCGUGAGGUCACGCCCGCCCCCUCGUGAGGUCAC